AUGUUUCCAAUUCCAUCCAUCCAUCCAGUAGGGAGUUGCGUGGCGAGAAGACUACGCGUCUGUCGGCUACGGCGUCAUUGGCAGUUCCAUCUAAUAUGGGUGCUGCGGCGUUCUGAACUGCGCUAUCGAGUAACCAGAGAGACGAUAGAAAUGGCCGCGCUCACGGCCCUGGUGAUGUGCGUCAUCGCGGGAACGGCGCUCGGCUUCAAUGGGGACAGCUUCGAGCUGGAGUGCCCUGACGAGUGCGACUGUCACUACUUCAGGAUCAACUGGGUCACCGACUGCUCCGAGAGCAACCUCACCGAGGUGCCUUACGACGAGCUCAGCAUGAGCGUCUACAUACUGGACCUGAACGGGAACAACAUCACGAGCCUGCGCUCCUUCCCGCCCGACAUAAAGAUGCGCAGGCUCCAGAUAGCCUACAACAGGCUCGCUAGAGUGGAGAAAGAGGCCUUCAAGGGUUUGGAGUACCUGAUCGACGUCGACUUGUCCGGCAACAACAUCACCUACGUGGAUCCGGAGGCGUUCUUAGACUCGCGUGGCCUCCUCAACGUAGAGUUGCAAGACAACCCUAUAACAACAGUGGAGGGCCCGUUCCUGAUUUCGAGCACCCUCCAGUACCUCGACAUCAGCUCUUGCAACCUGUCAGUAAUAAAUCCUCAUUUCUUCGAUAACAUCACAUCACUGACAACAGUGGAUCUAUCAAAUAAUCCACUAAGCGUUCUGGACUCCGGCGUCUUCGACGUCCUCACCAGUCUCGACACGUUGAACCUGAACGACUGCCAACUUACCACCAUCUCAGAAGGGGCAUUCUCUUCCCUGAUCAACCUGAAAAAGUUAGAACUCGCCGGGAACUUCUUGGUCAACACCAAUUGGUCAGAAACACUAGGCAAUCUAAUCAGACUCGAAUAUCUCAACUUGAGGAAAUCGGGCUUGACGUCACUAUCCGAAGACAUAUUUUCCAAUUGCACAAACCUGGUCACACUUAUUUUGGCUGAUAACGAAUUGCGUGACUUGGACGUUGCGGCUAUAUUAGGCAAAAGCGUGACUCAUUUGGAGUUGUUGGACCUGUCUAAUUGUCACAUUAAAGGUCCUAUUUCUGGAGAGGCUUUCGCCAACGCAACCAAAUUAAAAGUGCUUUACCUUUCCGGUAAUCCAUUAUUCGCACCAGAUUUGCAGGAAGCGCUUGCACCACUUCCUAAACUAGAGAGACUGUUCUUAAGUAACUGCGGUCUUCAUAAUCUUCCGGACAAUUUCAAUGUUUUCGACUAUCUCAUCGAGUUGGAUAUAUCUCAUAAUCCUCUCUCUAACGUUUUCACGAGACUACUCGCACCUCUCGAGAAUUUGGAAUAUCUGAACAUGGGCUACAGCAACUUGUCUUACAUCGGACCAGAUACAUUUGCCAAGAUGACUUCAAUGAGGCGUCUUGUGCUCUCUGGUAAUGAUCUACUAUCGCUGGAAGCCGGCCUUUUCGGGAAUUUGACGCAAUUAACUACGUUGGAACUAGAGUUCUGCGGAUUAAAGAGGCCUCUCAACGCAAACGCAUUCUUUAAAAAUCUUACCUACAUGGAUUUGAGAGAAAUAAGACUUAGUGGGAAUCCACUCGUUAUUCCGGAGUCUGGACCCGUAUUCCCAAGACAGCUAUCCCAAGUAUCGAUACUCGAUCUCAGCAACUGCAACAUCGGGUCUCUCAAUAGGGACGCUUUCAAGAACACCGAGAAUAUAACCGACUUGAAUCUAGCCGGUAACCAGAUCAAAUCUGGCGAAGGCAGUCUGUCGUUUUUGGAACGCCUGCACCAUUUGGAGAAAAUAGACCUCAGCAACAACAACUUGACAACGAUCGAGCCGGAGGUUUUCAUAAACAAUCCGAAGCUGCGGUCGUUGAAUUUGAUCGGCAACCCGUUCAUGUGCGAUUGCAAAAUCGCCGAAAUGUGGGACUGGGCGAACAUGAUAAAAGGUGAUUUGCACAUGUUGGCGGGGGCGCAGAGCGUCGAAAAGGACAUCGUCGUUAAAGGCAACAAGAAGAAGAAGAACCUGUACUGCCAUUACAACGAGACGCAGCUCCGCAACAUGACGCUCACGACGAACAAGACAGUUCCGGGUAGGCGGCCCUUCGUGAAGCCCAGAGAACUAAACUACGCUUACAGAACCUGGGCCAAGUAUGUCAGAGAGUCGGGCUGCGAACCCGUAGUGAAGAUAUUGAGGCCGGUGGCUUUGGUGUCUGAAUUGUUCGACAGCUCCAAUGGAAUCGUACCCACGGCGACCCUACUUGUGGUCAUUGCGCUAGUCCUAGGUCUGGCCACUUUGGUGAUGACCAUGAGGCUGUUCCGCAAAAAGCGGCUCGCUAUGGGCGACACGGAACAAAGGAAGUUUAGA